AUGAAUUACCACCAGGACCCAGCGUUCGCUGAUAGUGGUACGACAGCAGUCACUUUACUUCAGCCUUCUCCAUACGAUUUGAAGUUGCUCAUCUCGGUAGUGAUCACUAUCGUGACAUGCUUAGCACUAACCUUCCCUAAUGCGCGGCCACCCUCGAUCAAGCGGAAACUCUGGGAGACCUUCGUAUACCUUACACCCUCAACAGUCAUCUAUGCUAUGGAGUACCCAUCCCGCAGAAAAUGGCGGGGUGGGCCAGGCAAUGUGGGCUUUAAGCGGAGUGAUUUCGGCAAUCAGCAGGCGAAGAGCGAAGCUCUACAGCGUGCUCUUGGUUUCGACGAUUCUAUUUCAAGUGUCGUGCAACACGCGCGACGUCUAUCUGGCCUUGAUCAUGUUCUAGGAUCUUCCGCAAUUGCACCUGCUGGCCUUGGAAAUUGGGACAACUCAUGCUAUCAGAAUAGUAUUAUUCAGAGCCUAGCAUCUUUAUCCUCGUUCGACGAUCACCUGGCCCUACACAUGCAAAACAUGUCUGAAGACGACAGCAUGUCAACACAUGAUGCGCUCAGAAACAUUAUCGGUAGACUAAACAAUCUUGACAACGAGGGUAAAAGGCUCUGGACCCCUAUGGCCCUCAAAUCCAUGAACAGCUGGCAGCAACAAGAUGCACAAGAAUAUUUCUCUAGAAUCGUAGACGAGGUCGAUAAAGAAGUCUCGAAAGUGGCCACAGAAAGAAUCACAAAACUCGGGUUCUGUGAUGAAAGAGAUGCUGGCGGAAUCCCAAAGGCAUGUCAAUAUAAUCCAUUCCAGGGCUCACUCGCCCAGCGAGUAGGUUGUACGCGAUGUGGAUAUACCGAAGGGCUGUCGCUGUUACCGUUCACUUGCAUCACCGUCAACCUAGGGACGCAAAGGGAGUACGACAUUCGGGAUUGUCUUGACGAAUACACAGCUCUAGAAAGCAUAGAAGGAGUCGAAUGCAUCAAGUGCACUAUUUUGCGCACCAAAUCCUCACUUGAGCAUGUUCUACUCAACAUGAACAUCCACGAUGCACCACAACCCUCUGUAAAAGCAGAAUCAAGCCCUGUUUCGACGUUGAGGAAAACAAUUACAGAACGCCUUCAAGUCAUCGAGGAGGUCUGCGAAGCCGGCGACUUCUCAGAUUCGGGCCUCUACAAGAGAUGCACCAUCUCUGCAAAAAGUAAAGUGUCCUCAAUCAAAUCAAAGCAGGCUGUUAUCGCGCGAGCACCAAAGGACCUCGUAAUUCAUGUCAAUCGCAGCAUAUUUGACCUCGGCGGCGUUCAGAGGAAAAAUCAUGCCCGCGUGCGCUUUCCGCUAGAUCUGCACCUUGGCAGAUGGAGCUUGGGAUCAAACUGCAUAGCAACUGGUGAAGGGUUGUUAGAAAACUGGAAUACUAAUCCUACCGAGUCCAUGUUACCAGAAGCUGGGGCUGAGCAAUUAGAGGCCGGCAAGCUGUGCAAACUCCGUGCUGUUAUCACACAUUAUGGCGGUCAUGAGAAUGGACACUAUAUCGCUUAUAGGAAACGAUUUUCCAAUCUGAAGCAAAGUCAUAGAACUCAUGCCGAGGAACGAGACGAGAGCUGGUUCUGCUUCAGCGACGAUGUCGUUUUUCCUGUCUCGGAAGACCAUGUCCUUGCGCAAGGUGGCGUCUUUAUGCUCUUUUACGAGGCCACAGACCACGCUGGCAGCACGGCUAAUGUUCCAGCCUCUGCACUUAUCGAGGAAUGUGCCGCUACUGCUCAGCACCUUACUCCAUCUAUAUUACACGAAGAUGGUGAUGCCCAACUUUCAACGAUUGGAAAUCUUGAGGCACAUAAAACAGAAGUUGACUCUGCACAGGUUGCUCACACAACUGUGUCGAGCUCGGACAUUAAGCUUACUGCCAAAUUUUCUCCAUCAACCGUAAUGUCCCCGUCUCCAGAAGAGCCAGAUGUCGACUUGAAUGUCGUUGUGCAAACAGAGACCGCUAGUAGACCAUCCGUUGCGUCGGUCAUGCGUACAUCAGGUGCCUUGUCACCGAGGUCUCGUAAAGGGCGACAGUCGAGCAAUAUCUCUAUCCAUUCUCCUUCUUUUGUCAUUGCUUCAUGA